CAGAGCCUAGACUUCCAGAAGUCAGAGAACACAGGAGUCCUCAGUCCAGCCCUGUUCCUGUAGAUAGUCGCUUACCAGAAGGAUGAGGGUCAGCCUACUUCCCCUGGCUGUCCUCCUCACGGUUGCCGCCCUCCACUCUGAGGCCAAUGAAGGACCAGAUAACAACAUGGCUCGCUGCUGUUUCAGCUACAUCUCUCGAAUGGUCCCAUUCCGUGUUGUAAAAGGUUAUCACAGAACCGGUACCCAGUGCCCUAAACCAGCAGUCAUCUUCCUUACCAAAAGAGGGCAAGAAAUCUGUGCCAACCCCAGUAAAGCCUGGGUGCAGAGGUACAUCAAAUUACUGGACCGGAGUCCAAAGACAACUGUGAGCAGUGGAGCCAUCACAGCCUAGGGAACAGGAGAAGGGGCCACAGAGCUACUUUCCCUCCCCAGCCAACUCUCUUAGCCCCAUGGUCCCGGGCAUUGUCCUGGAAUAAACUGAGGCCCAUGCUUGCUUUUCUGUGCUCUCAUGCUCUGAUAAAUUCUGCUUUCUCCUGAAGCUUUGCCAUGAAACCCCAUCUCUGGGGCCUAAGGAUGCUUUGGUCCUCAGACAGCAUCUGUCUUCCCUUUGCAGCCACCCUGUUGAAAUAAAAUUGUGCUAUA